UGUAAUUUUUCCUUUUGUAUUGAUAUAACAAACAUUAAACCAGCAACGAAAUAGGAAUCUCGCAAUCGAACCCAAAACCAACAAGAUCGGAGGAAGCGACGGUGAAAAUGGAGGAACGAAACGACGACGGAGACGGCGCCGGGGAGAGAAGUUUGUUGGAUGGAUCCGAUCAUUGGUGGUGGGCAUUGGGAAGUGGAGCUCAAAUCAUGUGGGGAGUGAGAUUGAUUCGGAGAGGUUACGCCGGCGACAUUCGAUUAAUGCCUCUCAAAGCAUUCGGCGUCGCAUCGCUCUUCGUCGGCUCGUUAGCCACUAGCUCCGUCGCAGUAGUCCGAGCCACAGGGAUCCACACGGUUCAAGAUGCGAUUGAUCUUGGAGCUAGCAUUAGAACUAAUUUGGGGGUUACUCCUCAAAUCCCGGAUAAGCCGAUCACCGAGAGAGACGGAUGAUUUUGUCAUGAAGAGAUCGAGCUUGCUUGAAGCUCUCUGUUCUGUCGGAUUCACUAUGAGACGAUCAUGGAAUAGUUCUUUGUUUGGUUCCUCAACGAUGCUUCUGGCUAUUCGAGUUUGAUGUUCAUAUAGAUAGACGAAAUUUAGGUCGUCUUUGUCUGAAUCUUGUUGACAAGGGUUUUGAGUUCAUUGCAUUAUGUUGUUAUACUUAUGUUCGUACAAGGGUUUUGAGUUCAUAAAAAAUCUUGGAUGAUACUUAUGUUGUUGUUGUUAUAUUGCUUGUUGUGUGCUCUGUCUUAGUUUCCUUUCUUAAGAUCAAAGUUUUUAAAACGGGAAACCUUGGCCCC